UCUCUCUCUCUCUCUCUCUCUCACUCUCACUCUGAAGAUGGUUACCAUGUGUUCGCUAACAUCAACACUGGCGUGUACUCACUCGCACACUCGCCACCUCCGUUUCCUCUCUGUCUCACUCCCAAUUUUCCACAAAUUCAAAAUCCACCCCAAACUUUUCACCAAAUCACCAAACGCCCCAAUCCUCACUGUCCGAAAUUGCAGUUCCAUUACAGCCAAGCCCUCGUCCGAAAUCAAGAGGAACCGCACCGGUUCAGAACCCGACGAGAAGCUCCGUAGGCUCAGGGAGCUCUUCUCGAAGCCUGGGGUUAACGUCGACGCCUAUAUCAUUCCCUCUCAGGACGCUCACCAGAGUGAGUUCAUAGCUGAAUGUUAUAUGAGGAGGGCCUAUAUAUCAGGCUUUACUGGUAGCGCUGGUACUGCUGUUGUCACAAAGGAUAAAGCAGCUUUUUGGACAGACGGGCGUUACUUUCUCCAGGCUGAGAAGCAGCUGAGUUCUAGUUGGAUUCUCAUGCGGGCUGGUAAUCUUGGAGUUCCUACCACUAGUGAAUGGCUUAAUGAUGUUUUGGCUCCUGGUGGUCGGGUUGGCAUUGAUCCUUUUCUUUUUUCUUCCGAUGCUGCAGAGGAACUGAAGGAGGCCAUUGCAAAGAAGAAUCAUGAGCUGGUUUACUUAUAUGAUUUAAAUCUAGUGGAUGAAAUUUGGGGAGAAUCACGGACUAAACCUCCAAAAAAACCAAUCAGAGUACAUGACCUAAAAUAUGCGGGUUUAGAUGUAGCAUCAAAGAUGUCUUCCGUGACAUCUGAACUUGUUGACGCUGGUUCAACUGCAAUUGUAAUAUCAAUGCUCGAUGAAGUGGCUUGGCUGUUGAACUUGAGAGGAAGUGAUGUUCCACAUUCACCUGUUAUGUAUGCAUACUUAAUUGUGGAGAUUGAUGGAGCAAAAUUAUUUAUAGACAAUAGUAAAGUCACACCAGAGGUGAUGAAUCACUUGAAAAAUGCAGGCGUAGAGUUGAGGCCAUAUGAGUCUAUCCUUUCUGAAAUAGAAAGUUUGGCAGCGCAAGGGACUCACCUUUGGCUGGAUACAUCAUCUGUUAAUGCAGCCAUUGUCAACACCUAUAAGUCUGCCUGUGACAGAUAUAUGGGAAGCCUCAGGAAUAAAACUAAAGGUAUGAGGAAGAUGCAAGAUAGCUCCAACGGUCAGUCUGGUGGACCUGCUGGAGUGUAUAAGUCAUCCCCUAUCUCUAUUGCAAAGGCUGUGAAAAAUCAUGCAGAGCUAGAAGGGAUGCAGAAUUCUCAUUUAAGGGAUGCUGCUGCUCUGGCACAGUUUUGGGUCUGGCUGGAAGAUGAAAUUCAUAAGGAUGUGAAACUAACAGAGGUGGAAGUUGCAGACAAACUUCUUGAAUUUCGUUCAAAGCAGGCUGGUUUCAUUGAUACAAGCUUUGAUACUAUAAGCGCUUCUGGUGCAAAUGGGGCUAUAAUACACUACAAGCCAGAAACAGAAAGUUGCGCUAUUGUGGAUGCAAAGAAACUGUUUCUAUUGGAUAGUGGAGCUCAAUAUGUUGAUGGUACUACUGAUGUAACCAGGACAGUACAUUUUGGUGAACCUACUGCUCGACAAAAAGAAUGCUUCACUCGAGUUUUACAGGGUCACAUUACUCUUGAUCAGGCAGUUUUCCCUGAAGGUACCCCUGGUUUUGUACUGGAUGCAUUUGCUCGUUCUUCCCUGUGGAAGAUUGGACUUGAUUACCGGCAUGGAACCGGGCAUGGUGUGGGAGCUGCAUUGAAUGUCCAUGAGGGCCCUCAAAGUAUUAGCUUUAGAUAUGGAAAUAUGACCCCCUUAUUGAAAGGCAUGAUUGUCAGCAAUGAACCUGGCUACUAUGAAGACCAUGCCUUUGGUAUUCGAAUUGAAAAUCUCCUUUAUGUGAAAGAGGUCAACACAGCUAAUCGUUUUGGAGGGGUUGGAUACCUGGGAUUUGAAAAACUCACAUUUGUCCCCAUUCAGAGUAAAUUGGUUGACAUAUCUUUGCUCUGUGUUGCGGAGGUUGAUUGGCUCAAUGAAUACCAUUCACAAGUUUGGGAAAAGGUGUCACCCCUGCUGGAUGGUUCUGCUCGUCGGUGGCUUUGGAACAACACAAGGCCACUUGUCAAACAGUGAUUCCUAGCUCAUCUUUAUUCUUUGUUGUUCUUUAGUUUCUCACUAGUUGAUUUGCAUAGUUUAUUCUUCUAUACACAUAAUUUUGAAAGAUUGUAACUUGUACUGUACAUACACUUUAGUUGCAAGUUCUUGCUGUUUGAGAAGUAAUAGGAUCGCAUUCAAAGGUUUUAUA